AUGUCCUCAGACUUGCUACUGAUUUACAUCAGUCGGGUGCUACAUAUCCUCCUUCCACCGGAGGCAGGUCUAGACUUCAUACGGACUUUGAGUGAGUUUUUUUCAGCAUUUGUAGAUGCUUCAUUAUCGCGAAGAAGAGACUUGGAGUUGGAAGUUUCAUCACAAAUACGAAGUCUUUUCGCUCAAAAAGGCUGGGAAAGCAGCAAAUUCGAUUCAUUGCUACAUGAUAUAGAUCGCAUGACUUCCGUGGAUAGUAUCGUGGAUUAUUUGAAGAGUGUCAUCAACAAUCUGCGACACGAGAUGAGCCCAUUACCAAAAUCUCGUCAACAAAUGGCGCCUCCUCCACUGCCAUUCAAUAUAGGAACUGGGAUCUCGAACCUCCGGUCAUCUCCAUUGCAUUCAAAUGCCCCGAGUGGCACUUUGGGCGAAGUAAUACAGCCUUACUACAAGACACUUUCUGACGAGACAAUUCUUCAAUACCUUCCAUACACACUACUUGGCCUUGAUUCCAAAUUGUUUGUGUUCAAAGAUAACUCCGUGCUGUUGCCCUCCAAGCUCAAUAACAGCUAUGCAUCAUUACUCAACCAGGUUCUAGAGCUGGCUCUCUUGUUCCGUGAGUUGAAGAAAAGAACCGAAUCUCGAUCCAUGGACCUGUCUCUUAUAAAAAGGCUGUUCCUCAGCUUCUUAAACUCAGAAUUGAACUCGUACUCUGGAGCCGUUAACGCCAUAUUCCAAAAUAACCCUUCGUCAAUAAUAGGUGUACUCAAAGAAAUUCAUCCAAAAGUGAUCACCUUAAGAGUGCUAUUCCACUUGUCUGAUAAAUUGGACAUACAAGGAGACGAAUUACUCACCAUAGUGUAUAAUCUUACAAAGCUUGGCGAUGUUGAAGUCCAAAAAACUUCUAAUCGGCUCUUCUCAAUGAUGUCUGUACCAUACUACGAAAUGGUAGAGCAUUGGCUCCUCAAGGGUCUGCUCGUUGACAAUCUGAAUGAAUUCUUUAUAUCAUUUGAUCCCCAGGCUGAAAAUAUCAAUGAAAUCAUCCAGUUUUCAACCUCAAGAAUACCCGUGUUUCUUACCGCCAUAAAUAAGAACAUUGGGUAUCGAAUAUUUCAAAUUGGCAAGAUGAUCAUAUUCUUAUCAAAAUACUGUAAGGAACUCGAAUGGUUGAGCUCGUUUACUGGCCAUCACACCGGCACCAUACAUUCAUACAAAGGUCUCGCAUCCAUGACUGCUCACCAAUUGUCGCAAUUGGUCAAUCAAAUGAACCUGGAGCUUUUGAAUUACAUGACAUACGUCGUAUUCUACAAGUUUGAGUUGUUUGUCCAUCUACUUAAUUGCAAGAGAUUUAUGUUGAUGGAGGCCAGCGAUUUCAUAGAGAAAAUCAUUACCAAUGGCAGUGAUAUAUUCGAUGAGCCAUCAAUAUCACUAACUUCGGGGCAAUUAGCGCGGCUACUAGUUGAUUCUAUCAAGUCUUCAUCUGUCAAAAAUCUCGACUUCCGAUACCAGUCCCGCUUAGACGCUAGAAUCCUCGAGUUGAGUCACGGCACAAUUGGAUGGGAAGUUUUCACCUUGGAGUACAAAGUAAUUGACUUACCCAUCAAUAGCAUUUUAAGUUCCAAUGGUGGCAUUACAAAUUACCUAAAGGCGUUUAAUUUUCUUUGGAAGGUUCGGCAUUUCACGUCAAUUCUCAAUGCUGGAUUCAUCGAGAGUUGUAACUUACGGCGUAAUGAUUUGAAGUUGGUCAACCGCAGAUUUUCCCAGAUCAAGCAGCAAAUGAAGAGAGCUGAGUUUCUGAUGAACCUGAGGGACCGGCGAACCUAUUGGAUCAUCAAGACGUUCAACAUUGUUAAUGUUGUGCGCCACGAAAUGCUAGGGCUUUUGGAAGCGAUAACGUACUAUCUAUCUUAUGAUGUCAUCGAGGACAGUUUUCAGCGACAAUUGCUACAAAAGUUUUUCAAAUCACGGAAGGGAUCCGGAUGGGAGUCCGGAAUGCCGGUGUUAAGCACCAAAUUUCGCAACCAUAUCUCGGAGUUCCAAAAGCAGCAGGUUGACGCGGGCGAGAGAUCCGGGGUACAUACCGAGCUCGACGUGCAUGAAUACAAUUUGGACGAGCUAGUCGAUAUCCAUACGUCAUACUUACUGAGCAUUGUCAGGUCGAGAUUGUUGGAUGGUGAUGUAAUUGGCAAACUAUCGGGCCGAAGUUUCGUUGCCCAGAUAUAUCUGUUUUUGGAGAUGAUGUUCCAAUAUGCUAACAGCUGGGACCAAUAUGCGGUUCUUUUGGUUAAUUAUGUUGGAAUCGUGAGCCUUGAAAAAGGGCUUACUCAAGAAGCGCCCGGAUCAGAGGAUAUUAUGGAGCUUGAUGAUGACUUGGAACGCAACGAAGAAUCAUUGCAAAUCCUCACUCACAAGAUAUAUACCGAGUUGUACCUUGGACAAUUCAAGCCGCAAAGAGAUGCGUUUGUCCGAGAUUUGAAAAGCGAUAAUGAGCUACGGACAUUGGGCCGGAGUUUAUAA